AUGAGUUUAACGAAACUUGAAACGCAUUCAAACAGUGACUUAUCGCUUUCUUCACAACUAGACAAUAAGGAUAAGAUUGAAGUUCAUGUGGUUUCUACUGAAAAUCAAAUAGAUGUACAUUCUCUGGACGAUGAAGAUUAUGAGGAGGAGGAUGAAGAUUAUGUAGCUCCAACAGAAGAGGAGCUUAAAACUUUACGCCACGUAAGUGGUUAUAUUCCCUUGAGAUGUUGGUUAAUAGCCAUCGUUGAACUUGCUGAAAGGUUUUCAUACUAUGGUUUAUCUGCCCCCUUCCAAAAUUAUAUGGCAAAUGGUCCAAAUGAUACUCCAAAAGGUUUACUGCAAUUAAAUUCCAGUGGUGCUACUGCUAUAUCAUAUUUCUUUCAGUUUUGGUGCUAUGUCACCCCGAUAUUUGGUGGGUAUAUGGCAGAUACACACUGGGGAAAGUACAAUACCAUUUGUACAGGUACUGGGAUCUAUGUAUCAGGUAUAUUUAUUUUAUUCAUGACUUCAAUUGAAUCAAUAACAACACAAAAUGCAGCCAGAGGCGGAUAUAUUGCAGCCAUCAUUCUUAUUGGGAUUGCUACCGGAAUGAUUAAAUCAAAUAUUUCAGUUCUGAUUGCAGAACAAGUUCCUAAAAGAAAAAUAAGAGUAAUCACAACUUCAAAAGGCGAAAGAGUUAUUGAAGAUCCAAAAUUGACUGUCCAAAAUAUAUUCAUGUUUUUUUAUUUAAUGAUUAAUAUUGGUUCCCUUUCGGUUAUUGCAACUACCGAAUUAGAAGCGCAUAAAGGUUUUUGGGCUGCAUACUUGCUGCCUUUUUGUUUCUUUUGGAUUGCUGUUGUAGUUUUAAUUGUAGGUAAAAAACAAUAUGUCAGAAAGCCAGUUGGUGAUAAAGUUAUAUCAAAAUGUUUUACAAUUACGUGGAUUGCUUUUAAAAAUAAAUUAGACUUUGAUUCUGCUAAACCAUCUUGUCACCCAGAAGCGAAUUAUCCAUGGACUGAUAAGUUUGUCGAAGAAGUUCGCAGGGCUAUUAGAGCAUGCAAGGUUUUUCUAUUUUAUCCAAUAUAUUGGUGUGUUUAUGGCCAAAUGCUAAAUAACUUUGUAACACAAGCUGGUACCAUGGAGUUGCAUGGUCUUCCAAAUGAUUUUUUACAAGCAAUCGAUUCGAUUGCUAUUAUAGUAUUCAUACCAAUCUGCGAAAAAUUUUUAUAUCCUUUUAUUAGGAAAUUCACUCCAUUUAGAUCAAUUACAAAAAUUUUCUGGGGAUUCAUGUUUGGAUCUGCUGCAAUGAUCUGGGCAGCCGUUUUGCAAAGUUUUAUAUAUAAGGCUGGUCCAUGUUUUGAUAAACCAUUAGCCUGUGCUGCACAAUAUGCGCACACGCCUAAUCAAGUUCACAUUGCUUGGCAAGUUCCUGCUUAUGUAUUGAUUGCAUUUUCUGAAAUAUUUGCUUCCAUUACAGGUUUAGAAUAUGCAUAUUCAAAUGCACCAGAAUCAAUGAAAUCCUUCAUAAUGUCAAUUUUCCUGCUUACAACUGCCUUCGGUUCUGCGUUAGGUAUUGCUAUCUCACCAACAUCGGUUGAUCCUAAAUUUACUUGGGCGUUCACUGGUUUAGCGGUUUCAUGUUUUAUAGCAGGUUGUUUAUUCUGGAUAUGUUUCAGAAAAUACAAUAACACAGAAGAUUCAAUGGAUGAGAUAGAUUUUAUUGAUGAAAAAGUAACAGAUAUGGCUAACAAGGCUUCCUCAUUUAUUAGCCCAGUGCUUAGUACCAAAUCUGUAUAA